CGCCCCCCGCGGCCCGGAGUAGGUGGCGGCUGGCCCAGCCGGGCCCCGCCGCCCUCCGCCCUGGGCGCUCGCUCCGACAGUGCCCAGCACCGCGGGGCAGGGUGAGCGCGGCGGCCCGGGGCUCGGAGGCGAAGAUGGCGUCAGGCAGGCGUGCCCCGCGCACCGGGCUGCUAGAACUGCGCGCCGGCGCCGGGGCCAGCGGGGAACGCUGGCAGCGAGUGCUGCUCAGUCUGGCGGAGGACGCGCUGACCGUGAGCCCCGCAGACGGCGAGCCUGGCCCCGAGCCCGGCGCCCCGGGGGACCCGGAGUCCGCCCAGCUCAACGGCGCCGCGGAGCCGGGCGCGGCGCCCCCGCAACUGCCCGAGGCGCUGCUACUCCAGCGGCGCCGCGUGACCGUGCGCAAGGCAGACGCGGGCGGUCUGGGCAUCAGCAUCAAAGGAGGCCGGGAGAAUAAGAUGCCGAUUCUCAUUUCCAAGAUCUUCAAGGGCCUGGCAGCUGACCAGACUGAAGCCCUCUUUGUGGGGGAUGCCAUCCUGUCUGUGAAUGGGGAGGACCUUUCCUCUGCCACCCACGAUGAAGCCGUGCAGGUCCUGAAGAAGACUGGCAAAGAAGUGGUGCUAGAGGUCAAGUACAUGAAGGAGGUCUCACCAUAUUUCAAGAACUCUGCCGGCGGGACCUCGGUUGGCUGGGACUCACCUCCUGCCUCACCCCUUCAGCGGCAGCCCUCCUCCCCUGGCCCGCCACCCCGGGACCUCAGUGAUGCCAAACACGUGUCCUUGAAGAUGGCGUAUGUCUCCAGGAGGUGCACCCCCACUGACCCAGAGCCCAGGUACUUGGAGAUCUGCUCACCAGAUGGCCAAGACACCCUCUUCCUGAGGGCAAAGGAUGAGGCUAGUGCAAGGUCGUGGGCAGCUGCCAUCCAAGCCCAGAUCAACGCUCUGGUGCCUUGGGUCAAGGAUGAGCUGCAGGCACUGCUGGCAGCCACCAGUGCGGCUGGGGGUCAGGACGUCAAGCAGGUCGGCUGGCUGACUGAGCAGCUGCCGAGCGGGGGCACAGCACCCACCCUGGCCCUGCUGACGGAAAAGGAGCUGCUCCUCUACGGCUGCCUGCCCCAGACCCGCGAGGCCCUGAGCCGGCCGGCCCGCACCGCGCCGCUCAUCGCCACCAGGCUGGUGCACUCAGGCCCCGCCAAGGGCUCAGCGCCCUACGACGCCGAGCUCUCGUUCGCCCUGCGCACAGGCACGCGCCACGGCGUGGACACUCAUCUGUUCAGCGUGGAGUCACCACAGGAGUUGGCUGCCUGGACCCGCCAGCUGGUGGAUGGCUGUCACCGAGCAGCUGAGGGUGUGCAGGAGGUGUCUACAGCCUGCACGUGGAACGGCCGGCCCUGCAGCCUCUCUGUGCACAUCGACAAGGGCUUCACUCUGUGGGCGGCGGAGCCAGGUGCAGCGGGAGCCCUGCUGCUCCGACAGCCCUUCGAGAAGCUGCAGAUGUCCUCUGACGACGGUGCCAGUCUCCUUUUCCUGGACUUCGGGGGUGCUGAAGGAGAGAUUCAGCUGGACCUGCACUCGUGCCCCAAAACCAUGGUCUUCAUCAUCCACUCCUUCCUCUCUGCCAAAGUCACCCGCCUGGGGCUUUUGGCGUAGAGGUCACCAGGCGCUCCAGCCCUGAAGAGGAGCGUGCAGCACGUGGCCUGCCUGGCCCUCCGCAGACUGGCUGCCCGCCUCUGGGCUGAGGGAAGGGAGAGGGAAGGAACAGGGUACAGAGACCCCGCCCCCGAGGGAGGCUGGGGUAGUCUUAGGGACCGGGACCCAGACCCACAUCACAGAGGAGCCUGCCUUUCAUGGGGCAGCCUCCUUCGGCCCCUCUCCCCCCAUCAGUGCCUUUGCAGAGAGAUUUUGUGUGCACAGAAGCCAUUCCGAGCCUGGGGCCUGUCCCUGUGGGGAUGCUGCCUCCAGCCAACAACUGCCGGGCCUCCUAGAGGCCCCUAAGCCACUGUCAGAGGCCCCUGAAGUUGGACUUCCCUGGGGUGCAAGACAAGAGAAAGAGGAGGAUCAUUUCUGUUCCUUUCUCCCCUCAGCUCCACCACUUUGGGGCACCGGUUUUCUCUCCACCCUUUCUCUCUCCUCCUUACUCUUGGAUAAAUAAACAGCUUGGAAGCACACAGGCAGCCUGG